AUGGCUACAGCUACCGCUUCCACCAAGCUCCUACUCUCCGACCUUGCAUCCACUGUUCAAAACGUUCCCUCUAACUAUAUCAGACCCAUCAAUGACCGUCCAAAUCUCACGCAAGUUGAGGUGAAUAACCAUGGAGUUUCAGAGGAAAUGAUCAAUAUCAUGUUGAACAUUGCAAGAAGAUUUUUCAAAUUACCAGAGAGUGAGAGGUUGAAGAGUUACUCUGAUGACCCUUCCAAAACCACUAGGCUCUCCACUAGUUUCAAUGUUAAGACCGAAAAGGUGGCCAACUGGAGAGAUUUCUUGAGACUUCAUUGUUAUCCUCUUGAAAAUUACGUCCAUGAAUGGCCUACUAAUCCUCCAUCCUUCAGGGAAGACGUGGCCGAGUAUUGCACAAGUAUUAGGGGGCUAGUAUUGAGACUACUUGAGGCCAUAUCAGAGAGUUUAGGCCUUCAAAGAGAUUAUAUAGACAAAUCAUUAGGCAAACAUGCCCAACACAUGGCUUUGAACUAUUAUCCCCCCUGUCCACAACCAGAGCUAACUUAUGGACUUCCUGGACAUACUGAUCCUAAUUUAAUCACUAUUCUUCUUCAAGAUGAUGUGCCUGGCCUUCAGGUUCUCAGGAAUGACAAAUGGGUUGCUGUCAAUCCUAUCCCCAACACUUUUAUUAUCAACAUUGGUGAUCAAAUGCAGGUACUCAGCAAUGAUCGGUACCAGAGUGUGCUUCAUCGAGCUGUGGUGAACUCUGACAAGGAGCGCAUAUCCAUUCCAACCUUUUAUUGUCCAUCGCCAGAUGCUUUAAUAGGUCCCGCCAAGGAGUUAAUCGACCAUAACCACCCGGCUGCCUAUACAGACUUUACAUAUGCUGAAUACUAUGAGAAAUUCUGGAAGAGGGGACUUGAAACUGAAUGUUGCUUGGACAUGUUCAAAACCUCUACUACUGCUUCAUCCUUUUAAUUAA